UGACUACUACUACUAAAUGAAUCUAAGUAUCUCCGUUUUUCGCCCGCUUUCUUAAACCCUACUUCAUUCGUACGCCCAUCUUCACAUUCAUUUUCGUCCAACUUUUCGAAUUGACUUCGGAAGUCUUUUGACCGAGUCAGACGAAUCAGAUUAUCAGACGAAUCAACCCCAAGUCAAAUUAGUCGCAUCACGUUGAAUCAGAUUGAAUCAAGUUGAAUCAAAUUGAAUCCAGUCGAAUCAAUCCGAGUCAACAGCAACGCCUUUUUCAUCAUGAAGGAAACAGAAGAGUCCUCACUGCCACGUACCAACAGUGUGGACAUUGAACGAUCCGAUAAUGGAACUGAGAAGCCUUUUUCUGCGAGAAUGAAGAAACAUUUUGCACAAGAAGUAAGCACAGAUCAUGCAGAUAUUCUCAUGUUGCUUUGUUGUCUCAUCACUGGAUUCUUGGAUAGCACUCUGUAUAAUGGUAUAGUUUGAAAUUCCCUCAAAACGAGUGUAGUAGCACGCAGUGAGGUUACAGCUAGCUGACAAUUGAAUGAUUAUAGCCUUCAAGACCUUCGUUUCUAUGCAAACUGGUAAGUCAUCCAUCACGAGAUCAAAUUCUUACUUUCUUACCCCAUCACACCACUCUUACCUUCACUUGUCCAUUCUUUUCCGCCGGCAGUUCAAUUCAACAUUCAACAACAUUCAACAACAUUCAACAAAAUUCACGACGAUUCACCAUUUGUUAGUUCAGAAGUCUAAUCAUUUUGUAUAGGUAACACAAUCUUCUUAGCUCUUGGCGCAUCAGGACAAAACAACCGACCUUUUGGUUGGGCACGAUCACUCAUCUCCAUCGGUUUCUUCUGCUUUGGUUCCUUCGUCUUCUCGCGAUUCCACCGCUUCCUUAACCCGCUUCAACGAAGUACGCUCGUCGCUUCGUAUCUCCUCCAGAGUUGUUGUAUCUUGCUGGCAGCCAGUUUAGUUCAAGGCGGUGUGAUUGAAGGCGCGGUACCAGCGGGACUAAUUAAUUAUUGGAAUCAAAUUGCUGCAAUUGCUUUGUUGAGUUUCCGUACGUCAAAUUUAUCUUGCUCUUUUCCUUCGUCGCGAUUUUCGUGCUCUUGCAACUUUCUAUCAAUUGUUGCAUUUCCUAGAAUCUCAAGAACCCUUUUCCAUAAAAUCCAUCCACCUCGACCCCACUUUUAACACUUUCACAGAAGCAGCAGGCCAAAUCGUCUCAUCCCGCCUUUUGGGCGUGGGAGAAGUUCCUACCAUCGUCAUCACCUCACUUCUUUGCGAUCUCUUAUCCGACCCGGCUCUCUUUGCUCGCCCGUCAGCAAACGUAAAGAGAAAUCGACGAGCAAUUGCUUUUACCUUGACACUCCUAGGCGCGAUUGUUGGUGGUUGGGUGAGCAAGAUUACUAAGAGCGUCAGCCCUAUGCUCUGGGUAGCCGGUGGUUGUAAAAUCCUAAUGACGCUGACUUGGGGAUGCUGGAAGCAAAAGGUAUAAAAGAUUGAAGUUUUGAAGGUUGCAUUUGGGAUAUAGAGGUUUAGAACUGUACAUACUGAUGAAAGAUAUGGGUAAUAUGAUUAGAUGGGUAAUUAUGAAUAGAAUAGAACUAAUAUAUAGAGGUAUAGAUGAAUAUAGACUGUCAGAUC